CACAGUACUGCUACUGGACCAGCUCCUCCUACAGGUACAAAUAAGCCAUUGAUAGGAGUUCCUCCACACUCUCCUAUUGCAUUAAUGGAUAUACCAGAUGAUAUGCCAAGAGCAAUAUUAUUUGAAUUGAUAAAGUUUCAUGAGUUAUUGAUCAAAGGGCAACUGGAGGAGUCUCUACGACUGCUUGAUGCUGAUACUAUAAGAAAGAUUAGAAAUGCUGCUAGUGAUCGUGAAGGAAUAUCUCUUCUUAUAAGAGCAUUGGAAGAACAUCCAACUCUGCUACAUGAAAUGAAAGUAGCUAAUGAUGAAAGAAUAAAAGCACUCAAACUACACCCAUUGACCCCACCAACCCAAAUCCCAUUACGAUCAGCACCAAAAAGGCCACGACCACUUUCACUAAAUGCACUACCUCCACCAAUACCUCAACGUCAAUCAUCAAUAGCCACACCUCUGCAAGAUAAGGAGGGCAAGAAAGAUCAAUCAUCAUUCAAACCAAUGGAAGGAUCAAUGUCACCAGAAUACAUUACAAUGAAAGAGAUGUUAGCUGAUCUUGUUGACCUGUUGGCAGCAAAUGUUCCAGUUAUUUCUCAAUUAAAUAAUCAUCUCUUUUCAUCUGAUCUCAUUCCUAAAGCAGUACAUGUUACUGUUGAAAGUACUGGACUCACUCCUUAUGAUAGAGCCAAUAAAAUAUUCUCUUCAGUACUAGCAACACUUGAGUGUCAUCCCAAUCCUAACAGUGUGUUCUCUUCUCUCAUUACAUCACUACAGAAAGUAGGACUAAAGAACAUGGCAUAUAAGCUUUUGAAAAAUUUAAAAAUGAAAGGUGGUCAUGUUGAUCCUAAUCUAGAGCAGCAGCCAUCAGUCAGUAAGGGGCCACUUCAACCAGUGGAUGUCACUGCACAAUCUCACACACCACAACCAACAAUCACUGGAUCACAAUCGUCUACUCCUACUACUGUCAUUGAGCUCAGUUCAAAGAGUGAAAUUGUCACCAUUAUCAAAUAUCUUCAUUCUCGUUUUGUAUCUCUCAAUGUUAAAAUGAGAGGUCAAAUUGUGAAAAUUGUGCAAAAAGGUGAAGAUGAGCUCAUAAAUAUAGCUAGGAGUGCAGCUGCUUAUUUAAGCAUUGAAGUAUCAAGUUUAAAAUAUGGCAAUGUUGAUGAAUUAUUUGAUUCUCUUAAGCCUCAUUAUGAUUUCCUUAAUUGUGAUGGUGUGCUUAAACACUUGAUAGACACUUAUCUUUCAAAUGCACAAACUGAACUAACUCAAUACAUUGAUAGUGUUGAUAACUCUUAGAAUCAUCACAAUUGAAGCACAUACGAUCAACAAUCAAAGAGAAACUGUUAGCAUUACCAGCAGUAGCCUCACCAACCACUAGCGAUCAAACAAGACCAGUCAUUAUUAAACUGAUUGAUAGAUGGGACGAAAUGACAAUACGUAGCCUCAUCAAAGUCUUGACGUACUACAUCAAAGUGACAUCAGAUCUUUUUGUUAAUGUUAGUUAUGAAGAUGGUUUAAUGCUAAUAACUCAUGGU